AUGGAUCCGGUGACAUGUUUCGGGCUGGCGGCAAACAUCUUGGCCUUUAUAGAUGUUGGCGUCAAAAGUCAUGGAGAAGCCCAAAACCCCUACAAAUCGCCAUCGGGUCUCGAUGAAGAAACUAGGAGCCUAGAGAAAGCUGCCAAAGAAAUGCACGAUUUCUCGGACAAACUCCGAGUCAGAGGUCCUAGGAGCCUCGCUGACAGCGAACAAGAUCUCUGCGAUUUGGCAAUCGAAUGCGACAUAGCGGCAGGCAAGAUUCUUAUGCUAAUCGAGAGGAUACGGCCUGAAGACACGUCUUCCAUGUUUCAAACUUUCGGUUCGAUUUGGAAGAGCGCGUUCUAUCGAGAGGAUAUGCUUACAUUUGAGGCUCGACUCGCCUCGUACCGCAGCCGGAUCCAAUUGCAGCUAAUCGACUGGAUUAGGUCCGUUCACCCUUCUAGAGACAUGAGAUCUAACAUCACUGACUUUUUUGAACGCCCCGGUCAGAAGACCAUCCCUGAACUCAAUCAUUUGGUCAGAGACGCAAGAGAUAAUUCUGCUCGACUUCAGGAGAUUGAAAGUGUUAUCGAGAAUUCACGGGCCGGGGUCAACCUCUGCAGCCUCAACGACUCUGUGAAGGAAAACGUCGAGAAGCUUGUUCACAUGUCUGAAGUAAGGCUUGAACAUUUGGCCCAGGUUUCUAUCCUUCAAGUCCUUCGAUUCGACACUACCUACCAUCGUUAUGAGAUGGUCUGCGAAGUCGUUCAGGUGGAUUUUUGA